AUGUUAGAUAAAACACAAACAACAACAAGACAGAUUGUAUCUUUAUUAAAAGAUUUAGAAGGAUAUUUCAAUGAUGAACAAAAUCAAUUAAAAGAAGAGAUUGGUGAUUUAGAAGAAGCAAGAUCUAAGAUCAAUGAAAUUAAAAAGGUCUUUGAUGUGUCUAUGAUUACAGAUCCAAUCACACUCAAUAUUGGAGGAAAGAAAUUUCAAACCUCCAAAGCAACUCUAACACGUAUCAAAGGAACCUACUUUGAUAUAAUGUUGUCUGGUGAAGUUAAUAUCAAACCAAUGACAGGUGAACCAAACACAUUCUUUAUUGAUAGAGAUGGAUCAAAUUUCAAAUACAUUUUAAAUUAUCUUCGUGACGGUGAUAUCAAUGUCAUACCAAAAGAGGUCAAAUUAGAGGUUGAAAGAGAAAUGAAAUUCUAUAAUAUUGAUUUACCUCUACCACCUUCGUCAUCAACAUUGAUUGAAUCAUCUCAUUUUGAAUUGAUCGAUAAUUGGAUUGGAUCAAAACAAAACUAUACUUUAUUGUACAAGUGUGAUGGAAAGGGUCCAACCGUUACAUUGAUCAAAUCAGAUGAUGGUAAUGUAUUUGGUGGUUACGAUAAUGAUCUGUCUGUAAAUCCAUACUCAAAAAAUAACUUUGUUGGCUCAGGUUUCCUUUUCACAAUCAUCAACAAACAAGGAUUGACGCCUACAAAGUAUCCAGCUACCUAUCUCCACAAGAAAAAUUUCCCUUAUAGCUAUUCAGAUACCACUAGAUUGGGUAAUCGAACAUUUACCAGCUCUACUCCAUUCAAAGUUGUAGAUAUUGAAGUUUAUGCUGCCAAUUUAUUUGUACAUUGA